AUGAACACCAUUAUCACCCAAGCAGAUUUAGAAUUUGAUCAGAAGCAUAUCUGGCAUCCUUAUGCGUCACUUACCAAUCCUUUAAAGGUUUAUCCUGUCACUAAAGCCAAUGGUGUUUACCUCCAUCUGCAGGACGGACGCGAGAUAGUCGAUGGUAUGGCAAGCUGGUGGUGUAUCCAACAUGGCUACAAUAAUCCGAGGCUUAACGCAGCAGCUAUUGAUCAAAUCAACUCCGUAUCUCACGUAAUGUUCGGAGGAAUUGCUCAUAAGCCCAGCAUCGAACUGUGCAAAAAAUUGGUACAGAUGUUGCCAGAUCCAUUGGAUUGUGUCGUCUUGGCUGAUUCUGGUUCUAUUUCCAUCGAUGUGGGUAUGAAAAUGGCACUUCAAUACUACAAUGCCAUUGGAAAGACCUCUAAAAACACGUUUCUUACUAUCGAGAAAGGAUUCCACGGUGAUGCAUUUGGAGCUUUGUCUAUUUGCGAUCCUAAAAACUCAAUGCAUACAUUGUACGGUGGUUUUGUUCCACAGAACCUUUUCAGUAAGGCACCUGAGGUUUACUUCCACAAUGAUGAUCCUAAUGUCGAACAAUUAGUCGAAGAGCUGGACGUAGCUCCAUUUGCUAAACUCUUGAGAGAGAAUCAUGAAUCCCUAGCGGGCGUCGUUAUGGAAUCUAUAGUUCAAGGUGCUGGAGGACUACGUAUUUAUCAUCCGCAUUUUUUGAAAAGAGUUCGCCAACUGUGUACGGAAUAUGACAUUCUUUUGAUUCUGGACGAAGUUGCAACGGGCCUUGGAAGAACCGGUAAACUGUUUGCAUUUGAACAUGCCGAUAUUAUCCCAGACAUUGUCUGCCUGGGAAAAGCCCUCACUGGUGGAUAUAUGACUCUCUCUGCCACUAUAAGUACUCGGAAAGUCAGUGAGGGCAUUUGCCAUGGUCCGGCUGGAAGAUUAAUGCAUGGGCAGACUUUCAUGGGCAAUCCACUUGCUUGUGCAGUAGCAAAUGAAAACAUGGCAAUAUUGAUGGAAGGAAAAUGGGAACAACAAGUUUCCCGCAUUGAAAAACAGCUAUUUGAAGAGCUCGCACCUUUAGAAAAACACCCUAAUGUCAGUGAGGUAAGAAUCUUGGGUGCUAUCGGUAUUGUUGAGGUCAAUCGCUUCCCGGUUAAAGUCGAAGAGUUACAGAAACGCUUUAUCGAGGCUGGGGCCUGGAUCAGACCAUUUAACAAGUGGAUCUACAUUUACCCUAUUUUUACAACUACCGCUGCUGAGCUGAGAGUUCUCAUCAAGGCAAUUGCUUCGGUAUUAGAUGACCUCUAA